AUGCUUUUUUACACGGGAAUCUUCUACAUGAGACAAACGAAAGGCUUCGAAAAUGACAACAACCCGAAUCAUGUUUGUCAACUCAAGAUAGCAAUAUACGGCCUCAAACAAGCACCUCGUCAGUGGUUCAAUACAUUUUCCACAUACCUAUACACUCUCGGCUUUGCUCAUGGAAAAGCAGAUUCAUCACUCUUUGUUCUUCACAAUGAUAAUACUUACAUAGCUAUCUAUGUGGAUGACAUACUAUUAACAGGAAAUAAUUCUUCCAUGAUUGCUACUAUCAUUUCUCAGCUGAACACCAGGUUCUCCAUGAAACAUCUUGAUCUUGCCAACAGCUUCUUGGGACUUCAAAAUAAGACAAAUCAUAAUUCUUACUUCUUAUCUCAAACAAAUUAUGCUGCCUCAAUUCUCAAGUUGGCCGGCAUUAACAACACUAAAUCUCUGUCCAACCCGUUGUGUACAAAGGUUCCAGAUAUUAUUCCCACCUCACAGCUGCUGACCGAUCCUAAAAUAUACAGGCAAAUCACGAGAUCGUUGCAAUACCUCACAUUAACACGGCCAGACAUCUCUUAUGCAGUCAAUUUACUUUGUCAAAAUAUGCACAAUCCCUCCUCUUAUCACUUCUAUUUACUUCAUCGCUUAUUAAGAUAUAUCUAUGGUACACUAUCAUUUGGUAUUCCUAUUCUGCCAGGUGAUAAGGACACAAGAAAAUCGACCUCUAGCUACUGCACUUUUUUGGGCCACACUCUCAUCUCCUGGACCGUCAAGAAGCAACAUAUGAUUGCCCGUUCUUCAACAGAAGCUGAGUACAGGGCCAUAGCAUUGGCUCUCACCGACAUCAUAUGGAUGUGA